AUGGAUGUAAAUUGUUUAACACUAAAAGACCUGAUCAUCCCCAGACAGCCCCGACUAGGCUUUGCAAUCGAAGAUGGGGAAAAUGCACAAAAGGAAAAUAUAUAUGUUGAUCGAUUACGAAUGGCUCCGAGAACUCCAAUAAAAAAUGAACCAAUUGAUUUAUCAAAGCAAAAAAUCUUCACUCCAGAAAGAAAUGCCAUUACUCCUGUUAAGCUUGUUGACCGACAGCAGGUAGAGCCAUGGACACCCACAGCUAACCUGAAGAUGCUCAUUAGUGCCGCCAGUCCUGACAUAAGGGACAGGGAGAAGAAAAAGGGACUGUUCAGGCCCAUCGAAAACAAGGAUGAUGCAUAUACAGAUGCUGUACAUCUUGAUGUUGUUGGGGACAGUGCUGUGGAUGAAUUUGAAAAGCAAAGGCCAAGCAGAAAACAGAAAAGUUUAGGACUUCUGUGCCAGAAGUUUCUAGCUCGCUACCCAAGUUAUCCCUUGUCAACCGAGAAAACUACUAUCUCCCUAGAUGAAGUUGCUGUCAGUCUCGGCGUUGAAAGGAGACGUAUCUAUGACAUUGUAAAUGUGCUGGAGUCACUACAACUGGUCACCCGGGUGGCCAAGAAUCAGUAUGGUUGGCAUGGACGUCACAGCCUGCCAAAAACCCUGAGGAACCUCCAGAGACUAGGUGAAGAGCAGAAAUAUGAAGAGCAGAUGGCAUACCUCCAACAGAGAGAGCUAGACCUGAUGGAUUAUAAAUUUGGAGAGCGCAAAAAAGAUGGCUAUCCCGAUUCCCAGGACCAACCAUUAUUGGAUUUCUCUGAAUCCGACUAUCCCUCUUCAUCUGCAAAUAGUAGAAAAGACAAAUCUUUAAGAAUUAUGAGCCAGAAAUUUGUUAUGCUAUUCCUCGUAUCCAAAACCAAGAUUGUUACUCUUGAUGUGGCUGCCAAAAUACUGAUAGAAGAAAGCCAAGAUACUCCGGAUCAUAGUAAAUUUAAAACAAAGGUACGACGCCUCUAUGACAUAGCCAAUGUUCUGACCAGCUUGGCCCUGAUAAAGAAAGUGCAUGUAACUGAAGAACGAGGUCGUAAACCAGCCUUCAAAUGGAUUGGACCAGUGGACUUCAAUACCAGUGAUGAACAGCUAGUGGAUGUUUCUGCACCUGUCUUACCAGAAUUGAAGAGAGAAACAUUUGGCCAGAUUCAAGUUUGUGCAAAACAGAGACUGGCUCGACAUAAUUCCUUUAACACAGUGCAAGCUUCUGACAAGAUCAAGAGGAAAGUGAACUCAGAACCCAGCAGUCCUUCUUACAGAGAAGAACAAGGAUCAGGUGGCUACUCCUUAGAAAUUGGAAGUCUGGCAGCUGUGUACCGACAGCAAAUAGAAGAAAAUACACAGAGCAGAACCUUUGCCAAUAACUUUGCCAGUAAGACAGUGGUACCUCCAUCAAACAGCUUGGACCCUGUUCCUCCUUUCCCUGUCCUUCCAGUUGACUCCGAAUACUCUGCUAGUCCCUUAGCCCAACAAGUAUUUUCUGUUCCUCAAACGGACACACAGACACUCUCCACACAGAAUGAUCUGAAUGGACAAGUGUGUGUCACGCACACUCUUGCAGCCUCUGAUGUGGAAAAUCUGAAACCAGCUGUGCUUGCUGGUCAGCCCUUGGUGUACGUGCCCUCCACGUCCCUCUUCAUGCUGUAUGGGAACCUUCCAGAGGGUCUGCCUCCUGGAUCAGGCUCAGAGAGGGACAGCAGAAGCGCAGAAGUCGCAGCAGCAGAGCUGUCAUUUGUGCCUUCUGCUCACAAGCGUGUCAGUGAGGAGAGGAAGCCUCAUGGGGAGGAAGAGCCGGCUGUGAAAAGACAAAGUAUGGAGUACGAAGACGGCCCCCUAUCCCUUGUCGUGCGCAAGGAACCCUCAGAUCUCACAGACAUCGCCUCCUCUCAGGCUGUCAGUCACAUGGAGUCCACGCCCCUCGAAGUCAUCCAUGUGAAUGGUCAGCUGCCUACUGCAGUGGAGGUUUCAGGAAAGGCUACAGCAAACUGCUUUGUUUCUCCUGAGUGGGGAGAUCCUUCUUCAAGAAAUAUAGAGAUCGAAAAGCCUUCAAAAGAAAACGAAUGCACCAAAGAGCCCCCUUUGUUGCAGUAUCUUUAUGUGCAUUCUCCAGCUGGAUUAAAUGGUUUCAAUGUGCUCUUACCCAGCACUCAGACCCCUCAUGCUGUGGGGCCGUCAUCAGGUCAGCUGCCACCCCUCAGUGUUCCGUGCAUGGUCCUGCCGUCUUCAACCCUAGGCCCUUUUCCAGUCCUCUAUUCACCUGCAGUGCCAGGGCCAGGGUCCUCUGCUCCUGGCACGAUCCCAAACACAGGACCCCUGAAUUUCGGCCUUCCUGGCUUUGGAUCGACAACAGCUCAUUUUCUCAUCAGUCCUACAACCAUGGUUAAUCCAAAGCCAUCAACAUUCCCCCCCGCAGACCCUCUGCUUCAGGGUCAGCCCUCCCUGAACCCCAGUCCAGAAGUAUCACAGUGCUACGGUGCCAUACAACCGGAAUCACCAAUUUACGUGGGGCAUCCAGCCCCAACAGUGACGUUACAACAGUCACCAGCCCCAGUGACUCCCAAGAGCAUCCGACGCACACAUCGUGAAACAUUUUUCAAGACACCUGGCAGCCUCGGAGACCCUGUUACUAGGAAAAGAGAGAGGCAUCAGUCACGAAAUACCAUCUCAGCCCAGAGAAGACUAGAGAUCCCCAGCGGCGGGGCUGACUAA